AUGCCUGGCUGUAACCUUUACGCCUUAAGUAAACGAGCUAUUUGGGACUCAACCAUUUUCAGCAUAGGAUUUCUUCGGCUUUUCAGAGCUGCCAGACUUGUAAAACUGUUAAGACAAGGAUAUACAAUUCGCAUACUUUUAUGGACAUUUCUUCAAUCUUUCAAAGCACUUCCAUAUGUCUGCCUGCUCAUUGCAAUGCUGUUUUUUAUUUUUGCCAUUAUUGGAAUGCAGGUCAUGGUAUUCGGAAAUAUUGCAAUCGAUGAUGCUAAUAGUCAGCUGACGUUGCAUAAUAACUUUCAAACCUUUCUCAAUGCUCUACUCCUAUUAUUUCGGUACUCGUAG